AUGGGCGCCGGAAAAGAACCUGCCGGGCGGGCGGAACCUUCUGUUCCUCCCGUCCCUGAGAAGAAGAAAAAGAAGAAGACCUCUUCCAGGACCGGGCCGGAAGCUUCCGCGCCGGAGACUUCUGCACCGCCGCCGCCACCGGAAACCUCUGCUCCUGAGGCAACCGGGCCUACGCCAACGCCUCCACCGACCGAAGGAGCUUCCGCAACCGCGCUCAAGCCGCCGCCAGCGUCCCUCAAGAUCACCGACUAUUUGAAGCCGGGGGCGUCGCGCGGAAAAGCUACGGACGGCAGCGCCUCAAGCGGCUCGCAGCCCUUAGUGCUGCACACCGGGCCUGCCGCCAUGGUGGUUCAAGACAAACCUUCCGGCCUCUUGGGCCGGAUCGUUGAGCUUAAGCGCGGGGGCCAAGACUUGGUGCCUCUCCUCCCUUACGCUCAGCGCUGGAACGCUGCGGACAUCUCCGCAGCUACCCGCGGCUUGGGGAAGGACCGCCUCCCAGCGCCAGAUCCUGCCGGCCCUCGCUCUACUGAAGAACACUUCAAGCGCCUCAAGCGUGCCGUGAAGGAGUUCGACAGCGCGUGCACGGCCGACGCCCGGAAAGCCCUCUUUGAGGAGCUUCUAUGGGAGCACCGGAGCCUUGCUGAGGCGCACAGCAAGUGCCUAGCUAUCCCGGAAGCCUCCAUUGAGGCCCUCAAGGACCAAGUUGCCAAACUCCAAGCUGAAAAGGAGCAGCUCAUCCGGGAUCACCAGGAGGCCUUGGACGCCCAAAGGGAUAUCUCCAGAGAGCUCAAGGACCAGGCUAUGCAGGCCGCAGUCCGGUACGCUGAGGAGCUGAAGGCCGCCGAAGCUGCCGCGGAGGCAGAGCUGGAGGAGAGCGCCAAGGCGCUAAAAGCAGCCGAGGGCAAAGCCGCCAAAGCGCACAAAGCUGCCGCGGAGGAGGCCAGGAAGGCCCAGAAAGCAGCCGAGAGCGAGGUUGCGCGGCUGAAAGCGGAACAGAAGGAGUACGACCUUCUGGUCGCGCGGACUGACGCGCUUGCCCUCCGGCUCUUUCCGGACUCCCAGGCCCAUGCCCUGAAGAAGGUUGCGGAGCACCGGGCAAAGCAGGCCGGCGACAACUUGGGUGCACCUUAG